UAGGCGCGUUGGGCUCGGUAGCUGGGAGCGCGUUCUUCGGUGUACUCCCGCGUUUCCUUCUGUUCUCUCCGCUUUUGUGGAUAACUUGCUGAUCGCCUGGCGAACCAUGACUCUUGAAGAAGUCCGCGGCCAGGAAACGGUUCCGGAAAGCACCGCUAGGAUGCAGAGCGCGGGGAAGGCGCUGCACGAGCUGCUGCUGUCGGCACAGCGCCAGGGCUGCCUCACCGCCGGCGUCUACGAGUCCGCCAAAGUCCUGAACGUGGACCCCGACAACGUGACCUUUUGCGUGUUGGCCGCCGACGAGGAGGACGAGGGCGACAUCGCGCUGCAGAUUCAUUUCACGCUGAUCCAGGCUUUCUGCUGCGAGAACGACAUCGAUAUCGUGCGCGUCGGCGACGUGCAGCGGCUGGCGGCGAUCGUGGGUGCCGGCGACGAGGCGGGCGCGCCGGGCGACCUGCACUGCAUCCUCAUCUCGAACCCCAACGAGGACUCGUGGAAAGACCCCGCCUUGGAGAAGCUUAACCUUUUCUGCGAGGAGAGCCGCAGCGUCAACGAUUGGGUGCCCAGUAUCACCCUUCCCGAGUGACGGUGCGGGGCCGCGGAGACCUUGGUCUGAUCAACGUGGCGCUAUGCGCCGGGGCGCCGAGCGCGUGGCUGGUUCUGUGGAUUAAGCCCCCGGAGGGAGCCGGAAUGAGUCGUGGAGACUUGGCAGGCGGUGGCGCUUGGAGCGGGGCGCGGAGCCGCGGGCCAAUUCCCGAGGUGGGCGGGGCGCGACGGCGGCGGCGGCAGUGAGGGCCAGGCUCGCCCCGGAGCUGAGGGACUUUGCAAGUGUCCGGGAGCUGCUGCUCUCCCAGGAAGGCCGGAGGGCUGGGGACGUUGUCUGCAGGCGGCUGGGAAGGCAAGACUGGCUGGCUGCACAAGGAAGGGUGACUCAGCAGCAGCGUGCGUUCAGCAGAAUCGAGGGGAAAGGCGAGACGACUGUGGAUUUGAGGCAGUUACAGGAACGCUGGCGAAUUUAGCAGACUCGCACUGCUUUUUUGCAAACGGAUCAGGGCAAUGAUUCAUUUUUAUUUUUCUUUUUUAAAGGAUGUUGCUGUUGGAGCUUUUGAGUUUGACAAUAAAUGUAUUGAAACCAA